AUGGCGGAAGUUCAAAUUGAAGUCGACCCCGACAUCUAUGAUCUCGGACAUACCGAGUAUAUAAUGAAUAACAUUUCCUCUGAAACAACGUCAAUAGCAUCGUCGAUAUGCAGAGGUGUCUAUGAAAAUGGAAGACGCUAUCAGAGUCUCAAGGAGGGCCAAUAUUGGUACGCUCUCAUGAUGUUCGAGUCAAAAAUCCAUCCUUAUAUCAGUAUAGGUGUCCAUGCGAUGAGCAACAAUUCGAAAGCUUGCAGGCGUGCCACCUUCUCUGUACAUUCCUGGACUCCAACACGGCAAACCCACUUUUCCAAGCUCCAGUACGAAAUCCAAAAGUAUGACUCGACCAUAUCCAUCGAGUCACACAAGGCACUGACCAAAAGAAAGGACAUUUUAGACAUUGGGACAGGCCGAGGGAAUUGGGCAGUCGAUGUAGCAGAUAUGUUCCCAGCGGCCACCGUCCGAGGCGUAGAUCUAUUCCCCCCACCUCUGGACUGGAUUCCCCCAAACUGCAUAAUGGAAGUAGACGACAUCCUUCAAGAGUGGACAUGGCGCACACCCUUCGACCUAAUCCACCUCCGCCAAAUGAUAGGCGCAUUCACACCCGAAGAAUGGGACCAAGUCUACACACAUUGCCACAACAACCUCAAACCAGGCGGGUGGAUUGAGCAGAUAGAAGUCGACCCAGUAAUCCUCUGCACAGACUCCAGCCUCCCGCCAAACAGCAGCACGAUACAGUACUCCGCAGCGGUGAUCCAAGCCGCAACGAACUACAACCAUCCCAUGACCACAGCGAACACGAUGCGAUCCGCGAUGGCGCGAGCGGGGUUCAUCGAAAUUCACGAGAAAACGUACAAGUGGCCGAUUGGGCCGUGGGCGCGCGACGCGACGCUGAAAGAGGCAGGUCGGCUGCAUCAUCACCAGUGGCGGCAUGGAAUGGAGGGGUGGGCGAUGUACCAUCUUACGCGGUGGGGGGUGCCGAGUCCGUGGACUAAAGAUGAGGUGCACGUUCUUGUUGCAAAGGUUAGGGCGGAGCUGAAUGAUCCGCGCUUGCAUAUGUGGCAGCGAGCCAGGAGAGUUUGGGGGCGGAGGGCGACGGAUGAGGAGAUUGAGGUCAAUGGGGGAAGGGCGGAGAUUGUGGUAAUUAAGGAUGAGCCUAGUCCUUAG